AUGUCAUUACCUGAAUUACCGCCUAGGCCAGAUCGUCCAAAGUCUACCGAAUCACUCCAUUGCUCCGAUGUUGAGCUACCUCAAAAUGUGGAUCUUUUGACCUUUAACGACAUUCAACAGUUACUUCAGCAACAGGAUAUGCCUAAAGAAUACGCAAAACGCUUCAAUGAUAACUUAGUUCAGGAUAUUUCAAAUAAAUCCGUGGCGUGGAAAGCACAAGCUGAACAGUUAAUAGAAGGGUUGAAUAAAUUAGCUGAAAAUAAGCGUCAUUUGAAGGGAGAAUUAGAUUCCUUUAAGAAGCUUGAAUUCGAAUACAUGAAAAAAUGGCAAGAUCUUGAUCUUCUGAUCAAUAGCAAAUUCAGCAACGAUGCGCUAAAGAAGCAACUGCGACACAAUGUGAUCAAUCUGGAUGAAAAAUCUUCUCAUAUGGUUAACGAAGUGCCUGUUACUGACGAAUCUCUUGACCUGUUUUUGGAACAAUAUGUUAAUGAGCGCACAGAAUAUCACCUACAGCGAGAAAAAUUGGCAACAUGGGAACAACAGGAUACUUUGAGAUUACCAUGA